CAAAUGCCGCCGCUGCGCCACGCGACUUCACGCAUUGGUCCAAAGUGCUCUGCUCAGUCCAGCAAUAAUCUGCUAGCUGUUUUAGAUGAUUUAAGAGUUCACCAUAGCUAGAAUUAGGAUGAAUUUUAAGGCUACUCCCAACCCAGCGCCGACCUUGUUUGGGGAGUGGUCGGGAGCAAAGUCGUGGGAAAGUCCUGAAUGUGUGACAGGGGCUUUAUAGUCGCGGUACAAUAACACUAAGUUGUGUACAAAGUUUGCUUUAACCUGAGUAUUGGCACCAAAAGCAGAGGAUAGACUACGUAGACAGGUAUGAUAUAGACAGCCAUUAAAGAGAAGAUUUCAACAACUAGUUUUCUUAGGUAAAUAGCUUUGCUCUUUUCCUCUGCGUAUGUUGGUUAGCUGAGAAAACUAUGUUGAAUUGAUUCAGCAACCUGAUGAAAUUAUUUACGGUGCUAUGAAAACCAGUCUUUGUCUAAAAGCAACGUAACGCGUCAUAGCGUGGGAUUUGCAGUCUUACAAGUUACACCAUUCAGUAGAAGAACGCACGUCGUCCAGUGCGCUGACGGUGGUCAAAGAUUGGCUUUGCUUAGAACUUCCAUCCGUUCUACAAAUUUGAGGUGGAGUACCAACGGAACCAUGAAUCUGCUCCAUGUCUUUUCUCUUGUUUGCCUCUGCGUUACUAUGGCAACUACGCAGAGGUGUACUGAUGACGUAUGUGAGUUCACCCUGGUGGUUCGUUACGCAAGGACCAUGACGUAUACCGAUAGGGACGGCAAAGUGCACGGGGUCAAGAUUCUACCAAACGGGAGCCUGCAGAGGAUGGACGGGUCCAUAGUUUCUGUAGAGGAGGCCAUCACGGCUGAUGGAGUGCAGCGAAACGUAAUUCUCGUGAACGACCAGUUCCCCGGUCCUACAUUGGAGGUCAUGGAAGGAGCGCAGAUGGUUGUAACCGUCGUCAACAAGCUGCUCAAAGAAGCCACCUCACUCCACUUCCACGGCAUGUACAUGCGCGGUGUGCCACAUAUGGACGGGGUGCCUUACGUCACACAAUGCCCCAUCCUACCCAUGCAAAGCUUCACCUACAGGUUUAAGGCGGAGCCUGCUGGGACCCACUGGUACCACAGUCAUCUUGGCUCACAAAAGGACGACGGUCUGUAUGGGGCGUUCAUAGUGCACAAGAACAGCAUGCCGACGACCCCAUCCCUACCUAUGUUCCUGCAAGAUUGGUGGCACGAUGACUUCGAUGAUAUGGACGUGUUCGCCAAGGGUCCUGGGCGCUUCAUUGUUCACCCAAAAGAUCGUGGAUACAGCUUUGACGGUGAAGACCUGUCGAAUUACAACUUCGAAUCGGCCCUCAUCAACGGCCGUGGUCGGUACAACAACAACUCCGCGCCGCUAACAAGGUUUGAAAUAUCAUCGGGAGAAACCUUACGGUUCCGCCUCAUCCACGUAGGCGCAGAGUACACCUUCCGCGUGUCCAUCGACGCGCACAGCAUGACGGUCGUGGCAAAUGACGGACAUGAUGUCGAGCCGGUCCAGGUUCAGUCCAUCCUCGUCUUUCCAGGAGAGUCUUACGACUUUGAAGUAGUCGGCGAUCCGUCUAAUAGUGGUACCUACUGGAUCCGUGCCCAGACGCUGUUGGCGGGAAAAGGGCCCGAUGUCGAGCCAGAGGACCGACUACAAGAAGUGAGAGCCAUCCUGGCACAUGCCAACAGCCCUACCGAUGAAGACCCGAACUCAGCGAUGCAAACCUGCACCGAAAACAGCCCGUGUCGAGUUCUGAACUGCCCUUUCCCGGCGUUCCCUGCAGGCAGCAAUACGGAAUGUGUCUACGUCUCAGACCUGAACAGCACCGAAGAGUACACAAUACCGGACGAGUCAGAAACUGAAGAGUACUUCUUCACCUUCGUUGGUGGCUCCACAGUAAACGGUCGUAGGUUUGCCACCCCGAAAAAGCCACUGAUCUUCAAAGCACCCUAUGACAUUACCCCCUGCGAAGCCACCUGUGAGAUGGACAUGUGUACGUGUACCUACAUGGUGGAGAUUCCACCCGGGAAGACCAUCAGGUUUGUGUUGAUAAACGGGCAUCACCCCUUCCAUCUCCAUGGUUACGACUUCAGGGUUCUGGCCAUGGGAUUUCCAGACUACAACAAAACAACGGGGCGCUUGCUCGCUCCGAACACUGACAUUGACUGUGGGAACGACAGGAGAUGCAGGAUGGCUUCCUGGAACGUAAAGAGGCCGAACAUGAACUACAACAAACCUCCCAUCAGGGACACAGUCGUCGUCCCCGCUCUUGGAUACACUGUGAUAGAGUUCAGGAGCAACAAUCCUGGCUUCUGGGCCUUCCACUGUCAUCAAACAACUCACCGAACCGGAGGGAUGUCCAUGAUCAUCGCGGAGGCCCUGGACAAGCUGCCCGCCCUGCCGUACGGCUUCCCGACCUGUGGAGACUUUACUGGGACCGAGAAACCACCAGGGGGAGGCAGCGGUGAAACAACAACAGAUGCCUCAACGGCGAAGUCCGUGACUCUGGUCGAGUUGGAGCAUCCCGAGCUGAUCAUCAUCAUCGUCGUCUCGGCAGCCCUGUCUGCUACCAUCGCCGUUAUGGCAGUCAGCUUCUACAAUGCACGUGUAAACAAGAGCAAGAAGAUGAUGAUAGAAACGCCGCCGGCUGUUCCGCAAGAUCUGGAAGACACAGUAACAAUGGGAGACUAGUGGGCCUUGCCAUUGCAGGUAGAUGCUGUUGAACACGCUGUUUGAACAAAUGUGACAUUGCGCAAGGAGGAGGCACAGAAGGUCCUAACACACAAUCUACAAUAAAGUGUCACCGUAUUUUCAAUUAAUGAGUUGUAAAAAUCAUAAAAUUUAAGAAUUGUUAUGUUUGAUUUUUUCCUGUUAUACGACCUUUCCCAGUUAUAAUACAGUUUUAUGACUGUAGCAUUUUAAAGUAAUAUAGUAUUGUUAUAACAUUUUAGAUCUAGAUUUAAUACGGUGUUGCGUUGAUGUGAGUCAUUGCUGUACAAUUUAAGUCAACAUAUCAAAGAUAAGUUAAACAUUAGUGUACUAUGAUAUUGGCGAUCAUCCAUCAUAGAAUAGUUCUUAGCAAAUUAAGAUUAGUAAGAUCUUCCCCAUGUGGGCCUUAAGGCCUGUUAGCUUGAUAAGAAUACCGUUUGGCUAUUAGUUGUUUUACAUGCUCAAAAGUAUCUUAUGAUAACGUUACUAUGAACUAACAUUAAAUUGAAAACAUGAAUCAUCAUCAUCAUCGGUCGACGUACUUACCCAUGAAUACAGCUAGCGGAUUUAUGAGUUGAGAUAUUUAGAAGAACUAUAAUUGUAUUUUAGUGUAUCAUUGACAGAAUUAUGAAAAGACUGGCAAUUUCUUUUGCGUUGGGACGUGUUCUAAACACAUCUGAAAAGAUAGACGAAUUAUUAAGAGAGCAAACUCAUUGUGUAGAGAUUGCUAAGAUAAAAAAUGGAAUAUCGUUAAAUUUUCAUGUAUCAUGAGAAAUGGAAUAUUGUUAAUUUUGCAUGUGUUUUGAGAAUUCCGACACAAUAUAUGUGUUUGUGUUGUUGUUGUUGCUAUUGUGCUCGAAUAUUCUCAUAAUAAAUGCAAAUUUAACAAUAUUCUUAUUCAAGGACAAAAGCGAUGUACCAAGAAAGUGCAAAACGGACGGCACACACAUACAUGUAACUUUUCUUACGCCUAAUUUCCAAAUAAAGCCACAGCAAGAAAUUUUUUGGUUGAUAUCAUCGCGCUUAUUUAUCUUUAAUAAACACUGGAUAGGCUA